UGCGUGCGUAUCACUCGCCUGUACCGACUUUGGCGAUUCAAGAGGAAUAAAAAGCGAUUCGGCAUAAUUAAAAGUUUAUUUCGAAAAUGAGAUUCAUCGCUAUCAUCGCUUUCAGCUUACUGGCGUUACAACAAUGCAGCAGCAGAUCACUGCCAGACGACGAUUCAGUGGUGAGCGUGUACGCAAAAGAUUCUUCAAGAGAUAGCAGCAGGUCUUCAGUAGCGUAUCUCAUAGCUAGUGGUCUCGCGAGCAGAAUCGCUUCUCCGUUUUCUAAUUUAUUGAACUUCGGCAAGAAUGUAACAACAACGACGAAGCGACCGUUUCAUAGAAUAGAACUCUUGGGCGAUAUGGAGGAAGCAUCCAAAUCUGACGUCAUACCAUUGAAGAAUGAAAUAUCAAAAGACAGGGACAUAGAAGAACUCUCAGAGGAUAGUAUCUUUAAGAAAAGUGGUAAAAAACCAGAGAAAAUUUUAAUGUUCUCUAACUUUCUACCGAUGAAAGAGAAAUUGGAAUUAAACGGUACUAUAAACGAAGUUGAUGUUGAUAAUGAAUUUAAUUUAGAAUUGGGUGAUGAUGAUUAUGUCAUAGAUGAUAUGGUUGUUAAAUCAAAGGAUGGUGGAAUUGUUUAUGUAUUAGAAGUAAUUGGUAGUAUAAUACAAUUGCUUUGGGGCGGCUUUUUGGCGUUGUUCCAACCUUCAUCGUCCUAGUUUAUGGAAUGAAUUAUUUAUUUUAUAUAUUAACAAUCAAACCAAAUAAUUAAUCUCGAUUCAUUUUCUGCUUGUCUAAGAUAUUUUUGAUUUAUAUAUUUAAAAGACGAGUGAUGUAAGAUUCGCAAUUGUUGAACGACAUUUUUCUGCUUUCCACGUGAAACACUGAAAUAUUUUCGUAUACAGCUUAUUGAGUUUGUUUACCAAAACAUUUGUGCUGUAUUUGUUUUAGAAUAAAUACGAAAGAACCUUCAUGCAAUCGUUUCCAAUACUCUCGGGAGUUCAAUUUGAUCAGACAAAGUGAAUAAGCUAUUCUUUUUCAGAACAGAUGUGGUGAUAAAUUUGUCCCGUGUCUGGAUAACAUGUUUUUUACAUUAAUUGGAACCUUUCUACGACCUUUCAGUUCAAUUGUUUGUAUUGAAAAAGGGAAUUGAGAUAUCUUUAACCCUUGUAGCACAAGAACUUUGUUGCUCCGUGGUAUUUGUGUAGAUAAUAAACCAAUAUAAUGUUCUUUUU